AUGGACUCGGGAUUUGAGCAAUCACGAGCAUCGACGCCAAAGAAGAAAGCACGAAGGCUCACCUGCACAGAUGGUUUCAACAACUUGUUCGUAGAGCUGCGCGGGACGUUCGAGAAACUCAACGAAUUGUGGGAUCAAGUCGAGAUGGACGACGAGAAAAGAUGCCAACGAAUCGAGACGGCUUUUAAAGUCACCAAAGACUUACUUGCAGAAAUGAUUGAAGGAGAAACAAAAAUGGUCGAGAGUGUCGAGGAAAACAUCAAAAUCGGCAUCGACACAAUCGAAAAACGACGUGAACAAUUGGAGCUCGAGAUGUGGACGCGGCCGAAACAUUCGCUGUCUAGCCUUGUCAUGUUGAAAUUAGUGAAGUCCGAAAUUGCUGCACUCGAAGAGGAGUUUGCAAUACGCAACCAUGAUCAGAGAGUCGUCAUCGAAAAAUUUAACAAUUUGUGCGUCCGCGUGGCUGAUCAAUCAGAAUCAUUGUCGUUGGACGAGGAGAGUCUGCUCUCGAUGGACGAAUUUGCAACGCUGACGGCAAAGUGUGAGGAAAUGGAGAGCCAAGUAAGAGAGCGAAUGGAAACACUGCGAGAUGCUCAACAAGCUACACAAAGAGCGCUGAAAAUUUUGGACAAGAAAGAAUGUGAGAUUGACAAAGCGCUCUCGCAACUACUCGAUUUGGAGAUUGACGACGAGCAUCUAGUGCUAAGUGACGAGUUAAUUCAUUCAUACAAAGAGGCAAACGCUGCUCUUCAACUCGAGGUUAAUGACUUCAUCACGACGUUAGAAUUUGAGUACACCGAGAAAUGGAUUGCCCUCAAGGAUCUUUGGGUGAAAUGUGGAAUCAGCUCUGGGGAAGCUCGCUUCCAAGAAGAAUUUUCCGCAGAUUUACACGACAGACGGACCCUGAAGCGUAUGGAAGAAGAGAUUGCUCGUCUAUUGUCUGACUACGAACGCAGAAAGGAGGUCCUUGGCAAAUUGGAAGAAUGGAGAGCGUUAUGGGAAGAAAAGCUGGCACACGAAGAUUUUGAACGAGCCCCCGAUCGUUUCACAAACCGCGGAGGAGAGUUGGAGAAACGGCUCAACCGUGAUCGUCUCGUCAAUCGAAAACUUUUACCCCAAAUGGAACACGAUGUGGCCACCGCUUAUGAAAGCUACAAGCUAAAAUAUCCAGAAGGCUUUUUCAUUGAUGGUGUCCAACCGGUCGAGUGGAUCCGCUGGAAGAAAACAACUCACGACGAAAACAAGGAUUUUGAAGCUCGCCAUGUCAAAAUGAUGAAAGCCCAAACGCCGGGAAAUCUGAAACGAAUACCCAUGGCCGUCUCACCAGCGAUACCCGAUUUGAGUGUAAUUGGCCCAUGUCAAGCAGUUACGCCUGGUCCAAAAACUUCUUCGCCCAAAACCUCAAAGCGACCACCACCGAUGUGUUCAUCACCAUGUCCUUCGCCGGCAAAGCGUACGAAGGCUCCGUUCGGAAAGAAAAAUUGGAUGCCC